UGAUAUUUUGCUGAUUUUUUAGAAACGAUCACGAUGACGAAGGACUGAUACUCGCUGAUGGAGUAGGAUUACGAUUAAAAGCCAUGGAAUACUGGAGGUGCUCAGAAAUUGGUCUUAUGUACCCAGGCUUUUCCUCGAAGCAUCGACAAAGAAACUCUAAUGGUGUUAUGUUAGUUGUGGUGGAAUCAUUACCUGGUCAAACGAAUUGCAAUGUAGAGACUUAUCUUAGAGAACAUGAAGGCCCAGGAAUAGAACAUAUUGCUUUGAGCACGCGAAGCAUAACAGGUACUGUUUCAAAAAUGACUUCACUGGGAGUGAAAUUUAGACAACCUCCAGCUGCGUAUUAUAAUGAACUGAAAAAAGUUCGAGAAAUUCAAGAAAUUGGAGAAGAUUUAACUGAGCUAGAAAAAUUGGGAAUACUUUUGGACAAUGAAGUUGAACCAGGCGAAAAUAAUGAAAAGGAUGGGAGCCCAAAGUACUUGAUGCAAAUAUUUGCGCAUCCGCUGUUUUCAAGGAAAACGUUUUUUAUAGAAGUCAUCGAGAGGUCUGGUGCGAGAGGUCUUGGUGCUGGGAAUAUCAUAGCUUUAGUCCGAUCAAUUAGAGAAGAAGAAAAACGAAAAAUGGCGGAAGCGAAGCAGAAAACGCUGAAUGAAGAAAAUAUUUCAAGCCCGAGACGAUUAUGCUGACAAGAUUAUGAGUGAAAUGCUAGACGGACACUUCUGAUUCUAAGUGAACAGUUUUCCACUUUGAGAACUGUAACUGUAACCUAUUGUAUUAGUUAAGAAAAAUUAACAACAUUCGUGUCUUAGUGGUUGACAUAUAAUUCAAGGUUAAGUUCAAGAACUUAUUGUUAAUAGUGACGAAAAGAUCACAUCACAUUACGGAUAUUAGAGAUUUUUAUUGAGAAGUCAAUGAUUGCUUUAUUUUUCAAGUGUGCAAUAAGAAAUGAGUUUUUCUAUGUAAGCAUUAGCAUUGCAAAAUUAAUGCAGUAUGCUUUAAUGGAGAAAUUAGAUAAAUGUUAGUGUUUUUCUUAAAAAUAGCUAUAAUGAUAAGUAGUUAUGAACUUAAAAAUAGAUUAUAUUUUUUCUUUAUUUUUUGUGAUCUGAAAUAUCAUAUGUGGUACUUUUUAUUAAGGUAAU